AAACCUAAAAAAUUUAGUGUCAAAAAUCACAAAAUCACCAGCUUAACAAGCAGGAAACGUGGAGAAGAAACACAGUGGCAAGGUUAUAACACACAUACAAACCGGUGUAUGGUUUCAUUGAACCCGAACCCACCGGAAGGCUUCUACUUGGAUCCGACCGGUAUGGCUCUUCCGAAUCUUGGAUCGUUUUCUCCUACAGUCGGAGCUUCAGCCUCCAACGGGACCGACGACCUGAAUAAGAAGGUCCGAAAGCCCUACACCAUUUCCAAAUCUCGAGAGAGCUGGACUGACCCCGAGCACGACAAGUUCCUCGAAGCCCUCCAGCUCUUUGAUCGAGAUUGGAAAAAAAUCGAAGCAUUUAUCGGAUCAAAGACAGUCAUUCAGAUACGUAGCCAUGCACAGAAGUAUUUUCUCAAAGUUCAAAAGAGUGGAACCAAUGAACAUCUACCUCCACCCAGGCCAAAAAGAAAAGCCGCUCAUCCUUAUCCUCAGAAAGCUUCAAAAGUUGCACCAGUGGUUUCACAAUCAACGUCGUCUUUCCAAGCUUCUCCUACAGUUCCUGUUCCUGGAUCUGUAAGAAGGCUUGAUUCUUCCCCUUUACUCGGACACCCUGAUAGAGCUGCAUCUAUGCCUGGGCGGACAGAGAACUCUGCACAAAUCAACAGUUCGCCACAUUUGAAAAAUGGCGACACUAUAUCUGCUGGACAAUCGCUUGCCAAUAUCAAGAGCAAUCCAAGGACAAGGCCUACAGUUCUUCCUGAUUUUGCUCAAGUAUACAAAUUCAUAGGCAGCAUCUUUGAUCCAAAUGUGUCUGGCCACUUGCAGAAAUUAAAGAAUAUGGAUCCAAUUGAUAUCGAAACAGUGUUAUUGUUGAUCAGAAAUCUCUCCAUCAAUUUAGCUAGUCCUGAUUUUGAGGACCAUAGGAGGUUACUUUCGUCCUACGAGGUUGAAACUGGGAAGGACAAUGGCAAUGUUGGAACUAAAACCAUACUUGGUAGUAAAUCCCUGAAUGCAACUUAAUUUGGUUGUGGCCAAGCUUUGGUGACGUGAUGGUCUGUAAAUGUUGGCAAAAUCACUGGUUGUAAACAUUGUUUCUUGUCUUGAAUUCUUUUGGCAGUAAUGUUCGUAUACCUUGUACAUGCCAACGAAACUAAACAUAAUAAACGAGAGAGAACUAAUGUACGGGAAUGUAAUUGUAAAGACUCGUCUGUAAAUUAAAAUUUUGAUGAUUUCCAUAGUUAACAUUUUCUAAGGAA